CGUAAAAUUUAUGCCUAAAUUUGUUCCUGCAGGUAUUGCGAAUAGAGUUUCCUCCGGUAGAACCAUACCCUGUUCCAAUAUACAUAUAAGUUAGGCAGCUCAUCAGUUGGCAUUUUCAUUGGCAGUCUUAUUCUAAGCUACUGAAAGGUUUAAAUAACAAGAAGUUGGUGUAUCUGAAGAAGUCUCUUCCACAAGACAAAGCACAAGCUUGAGUUUAAAAAGUUUUACCGCUUAUCAAGAGCUAGUUGGUGACAAACUGGCAGUUGCAUCUACCUAUCAACCAAACCAAUUGCAUUGGCAAAAUAUCAACUGCCACUCAUUCGGCGGUGACUUGACUGAUCCAGUCCUCUUCCUGGAAGAGUCUUCCGUUACCUUUUCUUCUUUUCUUGGUAGUUUCGCUUCGUCUUCCAGGAAAAACUGUGAUCAGUGCACCUACUGGGAGCCUCGUUCUCUUCUGCCCCUCCUUCAUUUCACCAGCAGUCAAACAACAACCGUUCCUGCUUUUUCCACCCGUUCAUACUUCAUACACAUACAAUGUGUUUCUGCUUUUUCCACUUUACCUUUUCUUCUUCUCCUUUUCUUGGCAGUUUCGUUUCAUCUUACACGCCCUUGACUUCACAUUGACGUUGAUCGAAGCUACCAGGAAACUGUGAUCAAGCAGUGUACCCAUAUAUUUUUGAGCUGUGUUCCUUUUCUGUUCCUCUUCCUCUUCCGCUCCUUCUUCAUUCCAUCAGUGAGCUGAGUGUGAAAUCAAACAAAAAGCUAGAUUCGAUGCCCACCCAAUUGAGAGCUUCUUCCUCAUUAUCUUCUGUUCCUUUUUCGACCCGUUCAUACACACACGAUGUGUUUCUGAGUUUCAGAGGCGAGGAUACACGCUACAAUUUUACAGGUCAUUUGCACAGAAAUUUGGUUCAAAGGGGGAUCAACACUUUCAUAGAUGAUGAUGAUCUUCCAAGAGGAAAGGAAAUAUCAGAAGCACUUCUCCGAGCCAUUGAAGGAUCAAAGCACUCUCUCAUUGUGUUCUCUAAAAACUAUGCAUCCUCAAAGUGGUGUUUGGAUGAACUGGUUCAUAUCCUUGGAUGUAGAAGAUCAAAGAAACAAAUGGUUUGGCCAAUCUUUUACAAAGUGGAUCCCUCGGACGUAAGACACCAAACAGGCACAUUUGGUGAGGCACUUGCAGAGCAUGAGCGCCGAUUUGAAGAUGACAAGAACAAGGUGUUAAGAUGGAGAGCAGCUCUUUCAGAAGCAGCAAAUUUAUCUGGGUGGCAUUUCCCGGGCGGGCAUGAAUAUGAAUAUGAAUUUAUCGAGAAAAUUGUUGAAGAGGUUUCUGCACAAGUAAAAGAACCUACCUAUUUGGAUGUGGCAAAGUGUCCAGUUGGGAUACACUCUCGGGUACAAGGAAUGCUUGAAAUGUUAGAUGUUGGGGGAAGUGAUGUACGUAUGGUAGGGAUGUGGGGAACUGGUGGAAUAGGGAAGACAACAAUUGCUAAAGCUGUUUACAAUACAAUUGUCCGUAAGUUUGAAUGUCACUGCUUUUUGGCAAAAGUUAGAGAAGAGUCGGAGCAACAUGGAGGUUUAGUCAAACUACAAAACAUUAUUCUUUCAAAGAUUCUAGGGGGCCAACCAGAAGUAAUCAAUGUUGAUGAAGGAAUCAAUUUGUUGCGUGAAAGGUUGAGGAAUAAAAGGAUUCUGUUGAUUCUUGAUGAUGUGAAUAAAUCGGACCAGUUAGACAAAUUAGCCGGAGCACCUGAUUGGUUUGGUCGUGGCAGCAGAAUUAUCAUAACAACAAGAGAUAAACGUUUGUUGACUGUUCACGAAGUCAAUCCUAUAUACAAAGCCAGGGAACUAGAUCAUCACGAAGGUUGCGAGCUCUUCAGUUCAAAUGCCUUCAAGAAGAAGAGAAAUUUAGAUGACAAUGAGAAGCUCUUAGUUAGGACUGUCGUUGAAUAUGCUCAAGGCCUUCCGUUAGCCCUGGAAAUUUUGGGUUCACAUCUAUAUGGUAGACCUAUAGAUGACUGGCAAGCUAUGUUAGAUGGUUAUAAAAGAAAUCUUCCCAAAGACAUUCGAGAUAUUCUCAAAGUAAGUUAUGAUGGACUGGAAGAAAUAGUGAAAGAAGUUUUCCUCGACAUUGCUUGUUUCUUCAAAGGUUGGAAGGUAAAUGAUGUGAUACAGAUACUAGAAGCUUGUGACCGCAACAACCCCAAGCUUAGUAUUAAAGUUCUUGAAGAAAAGGCGCUCAUAAAUUUUGAUCGUUAUGGUGAGAUUUGGAUGCAUGAUUUGCUAGAAGAUAUGGGAAAAGAUAUAGUUCAGCAAGAGUCUACAGAGCCCGGUGAGCGAAGCAGAUUGUGGCAUCACAAGGAUGUGCAGGAGGUUCUAACAGAAAACACGGGAACAAGUAAAACUGAAGGUAUAGUGAUAAAAAUGCCUACAGCAGAUGAGAUAUGCUUGAAUCCUAAAUGCUUCAAAAAGAUGAGAAAUCUUAAAAUUUUCAUAAACAUCAAUGGAUGGUUUUGUGGAAAGGUUGAUUACUAUCAGAAUCAGUUGCGGUUACUUGAAUGGCGUGACUGUUCGCUAAAAUUUUUUCCCCGCAAUUUUAAUAUGAAGAAUAUAAUUCAACUUAAUAUGCCUCGUAGCUGCAUCUCACGUUUCGAGGUAUUUAUAUAUUUUCAAGACUUUAAUUUAUUGAAAUCUUUAUACCUUACCAAUUUUCCAUUUGAUUUUUUCUUCUUCUUUGGUAUGACAGAGUAUGGAAAAUCUGAAAUCCUUAAAUUUGAGUGGAUGUAAAUUCCUAGCACAAAGCCCAGACCUGUCUGGAAGCCCAAACUUAGAGUUCCUGGAUCUCAGCAAUUGUAAAAGUUUAAAGAAGGUUCACCCUUCGGUUAGAUCCCUCAAAAAGCUUGUUGACCUGAAUCUUGAAAUAUGCUCUAACCUUGUGAGGCUACCAGGAGAAGUCAACUGGA